AUGGAUGCUUUCUCAGGCUACAACCAGAUCGCCAUGAGCUCAGCUGACCGCGAGAAAACGGCAUUCAUCACAGAUAGGGGGACCUACUGCUACAAAGUGAUGCCGUUCGGACUAAAAAACGCCGGAGCAACCUACCAGCGCUUGGUAAACAUGAUGUUCGCUGAUCUGCUCGGCAAAACCAUGGAGGUCUAUAUAGACGACAUGCUGGUCAAAUCUCUGAUCGCGGAACAGCACGUCCAACACCUGGCAGAAUGUUUUGACAUCUUGGAUCAAUUCCAGAUGAAACUAAACCCGACGAAGUGUACAUUCGGAGUAACUUCGGGGGAAUUCUUGGGGUACAUCGUCACUGAACGGGGAAUAGAGGCAAAUCCUAAGCAGAUCGAAGCCAUACUAGGACUCCCGUCACCGACCAACAAGCGAGAAGUACAGCGCCUGACCGGCCGGAUCGCUGCUCUGAACCGUUUUAUCGCCCGUUCAACGGACAAGUGCCUCCCCUUUUACCAACCUCUUCGCGGGAAUAAGGACUUCCAUUGGGACGAGGAAAGCGAUAUCGCCUUUCGCCAGUUGAAGGAAUAUCUGACCUGCCACCCAGUUUUGGUCAAACCGGAGGACGGCGAAAGACUAUAUCUCUAUGUCUCGGUUUCCUGUUCGGCAGUUAGCGGGGUGCUAGUCCGAGACGAUCGCGGAGACCAGAAGCCCAUUUUCUACACAAGCAAAGCACUAAACGACGCAGAAUCGCGAUACCCCACGCUGGAGAAACUGGCUCUUGCAGUGAUCGUCGCAGCACGGAAACUGCGACCCUAUUUUCAGUCACACUCUAUCGUCGUGUUUACCGAUCAACCGCUCCGAACCAUCCUUCAUAGCCCCCUUCAAUCCGGGCGCAUGGCAAAAUGGGCAGUCGAACACAGCGAGUACGACAUCGAAUACCGUUCUCGCCCAAGUCUGAAGUCACAAGUUCUGGCUGACUUCAUCACCGAACUGUCACCCGAGCUCGACGAUCCCACUCCCGCGGUGGAGCAAUGGACAAUGUUCGUCGACGGUUCGUCNGCUAAGCUGAUCGCUUUCCUGCAAUCUCGGGCUUCCACAUUCGCCUGGUCAACAAAGGACAUGGUGGGGAUAAGCCCCGAAGUCAUGUGCCACAAGCUCAAUAUCAACCCCACGUUCAAGCCGAUUAGACAGAAGCGCAGGCGCCUAGGCCCGGAUCGAGCCAAAGCGGUCCAAGACGAAGUGGAACGACUACUCAAGGCGGAUCAAAUCAUGGAAGUCCAGUACCCUGAUUGGUUGGCUAACCCGGUGGUGGUCAAAAAGAAAAACGGCAAGUGGAGAGUUUGCGUGGACUUCACCGAUCUCAACAAAGCUUGCCCUAAGGACAGCUUUCCUCUGCCGCACAUAGAUCGUCUCGUCGAAGCCACGGCUGGAAACCAGUUGCUUUCAUUUAUGGAUGCUUUCUCAGGCUACAACCAGAUCGCCAUGAGCUCAGCUGACCGCGAGAAAACGGCAUUCAUCACAGAUAGGGGGACCUACUGCUACAAAGUGAUGCCGUUCGGACUAAAAAACGCCAGAGCAACCUACCAGCGCUUGGUAAACAUGAUGUUCGCUGAUCUGCUCGGCAAAACCAUGGAGGUCUAUAUAGACGACAUGCUGGUCAAAUCUCUGAUCGCGGAACAGCACGUCCAACACCUGGCAGAAUGUUUUGACAUCUUGGAUCAAUUCCAGAUGAAACUAAACCCGACGAAGUGUACAUUCGGAGUAACUUCGGGGGAAUUCUUGGGGUACAUCGUCACUGAACGGGGAAUAGAGGUAAAUCCUAAGCAGAUCGAAGCCAUACUAGGACUCCCGUCACCGACCAACAAGCGAGAAGUACAGCGCCUGACCGGCCGGAUCGCUGCUCUGAACCGUUUUAUCGCCCGUUCAACGGACAAGUGCCUCCCCUUUUACCAACCUCUUCGCGGGAAUAAGGACUUCCAUUGGGACGAGGAAAGCGAUAUCGCCUUUCGCCAGUUGAAGGAAUAUCUGACCUGCCACCCAGUUUUGGUCAAACCGGAGGACGGCGAAACACUAUAUCUCUAUGUCUCGGUUUCCAGUUCGGCAGUUAGCGGGGUGCUAGUCCGAGACGAUCGCGGAGACCAGAAGCCCAUUUUCUACACAAGCAAAGCACUAAACGACGCAGAAUCGCGAUACCCCACGCUGGAGAAACUGGCUCUUGCAGUGAUCGUCGCAGCACGGAAACUGCGACCCUAUUUUCAGUCACACUCUAUCGUCGUGUUUACCGAUCAACCGCUCCGAACCAUCCUUCAUAGCCCCCUUCAAUCCGGGCGCAUGGCAAAAUGGGCAGUCGAACACAGCGAGUACGACAUCGAAUACCGUUCUCGCCCAAGUCUGAAGUCACAAGUUCUGGCUGACUUCAUCACCGAACUGUCACCCGAGCUCGACGAUCCCACUCCCGCGGUGGAGCAAUGGACAAUGUUCGUCGACGGUUCGUCAACAAAUCAGGGAUCCGGGGUCGGACUUAUACUCCGUUCCCCCACCGGAGAAAUCCUCGAGCAGGCGUUAAUGCUCAAUUUCAAGGCGUCGAACAACGAAACCGAGUACGAGGCCGUUCUCGCAGGACUCCGGCUAGCCCAGGGACUUGGGGUCAAACACCUGCAGGUCUUCUGUGAUUCCCAACUCGUCCCACGGAAUGAGAACGCAUCAGCUGACGCUCACGCAGCUCUGGCAAACCGCUCCGACCCCGAGUUACGGCGUACCAUUCCCAUCGAAUGCAUCGAGGCUCCCAGCAUUAACUCGGACAGCCAGAUCGCCCUCAUCAACGAUGACCCAAUCCCGAUGGAAGUCGACGAGCCAAUAGAAGAUAUGGCGGAUGUCGUCGAGCCUCCCGAAGAUUGGCAGACUGAGAUCAAACUUUACAUCUCCGAUGGCACCGUCCCGGCAGACCGAUGGGCAGCUCGACGAUUGAAGGCUCGAAGUGCAAGGUACAUCCUGUUGGAUGGGGAACUGUUUCGCUGGAGUGCUUCGGGAGUAUUCCUUACCUGUGUUACUCGGGACGAAGCCGAACGCAUCAUGAUGGAAGUGCACGAAGGCGAGGGUGGCAACCAUUCUGGCGGACGCGCACUUGCUCUCAAAAUCAAGAAAGACGGACACUAUUGGCCCACCAUGAUGGGCGAUUGUGAAACUUUCGCGGCCAAAUGCGAAGCUUGUCAGCGCCAUGGGCCCAUGCAGCACGUCCCGCCCGAACUAUUAAACACCGUCACUGCUCCGUAUCCCUUUAUGCGCUGGGCCAUGGAUGCCAUAGGACCUCUGCCGGCCUCCAAGUCCAAGAAGUAUGUCCUGAUGCUGACCGAUUACUUCACCAAGUGGGUGGAGGCAGAAUCUUUCACAAGGAUCCAAUCCUUAGACGUGACCAAUUUCAUAUGGAAGAACAUCAUAUGUCGCCACGGACUCCCAUAUGAGAUUGUCACCGACAAUGGCAACGGUCAAGCCGAAGCCACGAACAAGUUGAUCGUCGACGGGCUCAAGAAACAACUCGGUCGAAGGAAAGGAGCGUGGGCAGAUCACCUGGAUGGCGUGCUUUGGUCAUACCGCACAACCCCGCGGCGAAGCACGGGACAGUCCCCUUUCUCCCUCGCAUAUGGUCUCGAAGCACUUGCCCCAGCUGAAGCAGGAGUCCCGACACUUCGUCGCACUAUGAUGGUCGAUAAUCCCAAACUUAACGAUGAGAUGCUGAUCGACCACAACGAUCUUGCCGAAGAAUUGCGCGACAAAGCCCUAGUUCGGAUGCAACACUACCAAGACGCAGCGGCUCGAUACUACAAUAAGACUGUUCGUCAGCGGCGUUUCAACGAAGGUGAUCUGGUUCUUCGGGAAGUUUUCGAGAACACCAAAGAAGUGAACGCCGGCAAACUCGGCGCUCGAUGGGAAGGUCCAUACCUCGUAUCUAGAGCAGUUUGUCCGGGUGUUUACGAACUCUUAACUAUGGCCGGGGAACGAAUCAAAAACUCGUGGAACGCGGCCUACUUGAAACGCUACUACAGCUAA